AUGGCCCUCAACAUUCGCCAAUUCCAGAGAGACUCUAGCGGUCACCUCGAUCUCGGCUUUGUCUUGCACAUCAUGCUUCCCGUCUCCAAGGUGGUCUCGGCAGUUCUCAUCCGGGUAGCCUUCAACGUUGAGCUCGCCAAGAAGUUCUGGAAGUGGGUAGGAGAGAACAUGACCCAUGCGGCGAGGCAGCUUGAAACGAAGCGGCAGAAAGCAUGGCCCCGGAGGCCUGCUCAGGCCGGUGACGGCCAGGCCGGGGAAGCCAAGGUUUUGGAGGUUCAGCAGCCGGAACCUCCAGCGACAUGCACCGAUCCGUCGGGUGCGUCGGAUAAACCACGAUGA